AUGGGCAAGAACACAGCAAUCUGGCGUCGUCAUGUUGCAAGAAUUCUGGGUGUCCUUUUGCUUGUGUUCCAAGGAGCAAUUAUUGAUUAUUAUUUGAUCCAAGGAGAGAGUUCUCGAUGGUUUGCAUGGCUUUUAACCGAUGGAGUGGUUCUGGCGACGUGGAUUGCAGCUAUGCUAAUAUCGUAUCGUCGUCUAAGCAGCCGAAAACAAAGAUACAGUUUAGAUCAAGGGGUUGGAUUUUUCAACGAUGAACUUGCUUUUGCCUACAUUGCUUGGCUUGUGUAUGCAUUACAUCUUGUUCCUCAGGUCGCCACGCUUUUUAGAACAAAGGCAAGUAAGCUUGACGAAAAAACAAUGGUCUUUGGUCCGAAUAUGCUAAAGAUGUGCCUUUGUAUAACUCCAGCGUUGUUUCUUUUCCUUCUCUUCGCUCACCACGACUCCAAACCCCGCACAUCCAGAAAAUUCUACUUGGAAAAACUUUCCGGCGCCGUUACUCUCGAUUUAUUCGACAGCGUUGAAAUGCUCGAGUACUUGUUCGAAAAGGAUGCAGUCCCUGAUUCAGUGAACAUAGCCAUUUUGAUAUUCUCGUGCAUAAAUUUCUUCCUGCCAGUUUUCGCUCUCUACGARUUGAAGCACAAUAAAUUUCACGCCAACGGUCAAGUGUCUCCUUUGUCUUUCAAGAUCUUUUACAUCUGUUCCUUUUUAUUUUUUGUUAAUGUACCAUUUCUGGUCAUUCGUCUAAUAUUAUGGCAUUCGUACCACCUGGACAUUUCAGUUUUACUAGCAAAGAAUGCUUUGGCAAUCGUCCUGGGGGUGAUUGAGAUAGCAGAGUUUUGUGGAGAUGAAAGACCCAAGAAGUGUUUAUCAUGCUCCAAUACCUUUGCCAAAAGUUCUUUCAAGAGUCACCUUGAAGUAUGUGCAAAUGAAGCGACAGGAGAACUAGAGUUGAUGAGGGUUAAUGAACAAUCGCCUUCAAAUGAUGGCCCAACCAUUACCGUGAAAACAGGGGAUCCAAAUCUUGCAUAA